AGCAGCCACUUCGACUUCAUCCACUUUAGAUUUUCAAUAUCGACUCUUAACAUUUCAACUUUUCAGAUCAUGUCUCUUACUGAACAAGGUACUUCAAAACCAUCAGACUCUACUGCAGCAAAGAAGAAACGGAAAAGGUCAACGAAAACUGGCACCUCUGCCAAAUCCUCUGAGACUCCUGCCACAUCGACCGGAUCACAGAAGGCGACAAAAACAAAGGCGCCUGCAAAGCCAGUCGUUGAACUGCUAGAACCAGAAAUUGAGGGAGCUUAUUUAGAUGCCUGUGAAAACUCCGACGGCGAUGAUAACAAAAGUGGAAAGCACAAGCGAAAACAAAAGAACGGCAAACGGAAAGACAACGCCGAUGAAGGAUCUCCCGCCACGGCUGGACCUGACCUCACGACGUUUGCAGAGUCAUCUGCUUCAGCCUCGGACAAACCGCUUGUGACCGAAUUCACAUCCUUGAACUUGUCUCCCGGAACAGCGAAGGCUAUAGAAGAGAUGGGAUUCAAGCAUAUGACCGAAGUCCAAGCUAGAACCAUACCACCCUUGAUGACUGGUCGAGACGUACUUGGUGCAGCCCGGACAGGAAGCGGAAAAACUUUGGCAUUUCUGGUCCCCGCGGUAGAAAUGCUCAGCAGGCUACAGUUCAAACCCCGUAACGGAACCGGUGCUAUAAUCGUGUCUCCAACCAGAGAGCUGGCACUUCAAAUUUUUGGUGUGGCUCAAGAACUCAUGAAACACCAUAGUCAAACAUUUGCAAUUACCAUUGGCGGAGCGAAUCGAAAGGCAGAAGCUGAGAAGUUGAUCAAAGGUGUCAACCUGCUGAUAAGUACGCCCGGUCGCUUGCUGGAUCACUUGCAAAAUACGAAGGGCUUUGUGUUCUCGAAUCUGAAAGCCCUCAUCAUUGACGAAGCUGAUCGGAUUCUCGAAAUCGGAUUCGAGGAUGAAAUGCGCAAAAUCAUCUCACUUCUGCCAUCUGAAAACCGUCAAUCCAUGCUCUUCUCCGCCACACAGACAACCAAAGUCCAAGACCUCGCACGUAUCUCACUUCGUCCAGGACCCCUUUACAUCAACGUGGAUGCCAACAAGCAGGAUGCCACUGUUCAAGGCUUAGAACAAGGCUAUGUAGUUUGUGAAAGCGAGAAACGAUUUUUGUUGUUGUUCACCUUUUUGAAAAAGAGCCUGAAUAAGAAAGUUAUUGUUUUCUUUUCAAGCUGUAACUCAGUCAAGUACCAUGGGGAACUCCUCAAUUACAUCGAUAUACCUGCCUUGGACCUUCACGGCAAGCAAAAGCAGCAGAAACGUACCAACACCUUUUUCGAAUUCUGUAAUGCGCCAACGGGAAUUUUACUUUGCACAGAUGUGGCUGCUCGAGGUUUAGAUAUACCAAAGGUGGAUUGGAUCAUACAAUUUGACCCACCAGAUGAUCCGAGGGAUUACAUCCACCGGGUCGGUCGAACAGCUAGGGCAGGCAAAUCGGGUCGAAGUCUUCUAUUCCUGUUGCCUAGCGAACUUGGAUUCCUUCGCUUCUUGAAGUUGGCAAAAGUGCCUUUGAACGAGUACAGUUUCCCCACCGAUAAACUGGCAAAUGUACAAACACAAUUAACAAAGCUCAUCUCCAAGAAUUAUUACUUGAAUCAGUCAGCUCGGGAUGGAUUCCGAUCAUAUAUCCAAUCUUACGCCUCUUACAGUCUCAAGAAAAUUUUCAAUGUCAAUAGCCUUGAUCUCAACAAAGUGGGCCAAGCAUUUGGUUUUACUGUUCCUCCGGCUGUCAACAUCCCCAUCUCGGCACUUAAAAAUUCCGACAAAAAACGUUUAAAAACAUCUGAGAGUCACGACCCUGAGCAGGACGUGGAGGACAAGUCAAAUGGCGAUUGGACGAGCGAUGAAGAGGAUGAAGAUAAUCAAGGUCCUCGAAAACGACCUACCGUUCGAAGAGAGAGCAAUACAAACCGACGCAAGGAACAAUUUGGGAGCAAAGCUGUGGCUAAGGACCAUUUCCGCUCAGAAAACUUGAAGACCAAAGAUAAGCAAUGGAGUCGAUGAUCACCCAUUUUGUUGUUAUCUUUUUUUCCUCUUCACAUCAUGUUUCGAUUAGACCAAACAGCACGAAAUAAUGCUGCUCUCAUCGUCUGUCCACAUUCUGAACAAUAUGACUUUUAUGAUUUCUGCCUUGGCCAGCGCAGGCAAUUAUUUGUUGUUACCAUCAUGACCCGGCGACUCGUACCGUGACUGAGUGGAUCUCCCAUGUGGUGAGAUAGGCUGGGAUAGCAAUGGAACGUCUAGAAUUUGCCAUUUGCCAUGCUACCACCAU